AUGGGGCCGAGGCUUCGGGUUAGGAAGGGUGGGUGUGGCGCCGCGCGACGGCGGCGCCCGGGCGGCGGGGGCGACGGGGAUCGGGGCAGCGGCGACCGCUUCUUCACCACGCGCAAGAGCAAGAACGGAAGCAAAACCCAGAGCGUGCGCACCGCCGGCGGCGGCACCUGGACCGUCAAUGCUACCACGACCGUCAGACACGCGGGAGUCGAGGUUGGCGAGAGGAAGAACCUGUCGUUCAGGAAGAAGGGCAAGUCGACCGGCUGGGUCAUGGAGGAGUACAAAUGCUUGCUGCCAGGGGCCGUCGUCUCUGACGGGGUGAAGGUGUUCUGCAAGAUCCACUUGGCUCAGCAUCCUCCUGACGCGGCCCGCCAAGAAUCGGCCGCGUACAAGCUUCAAGAACCGCAAUGGGAGCACGCACAGAAGCAGCCAGUGCCGCGACCAGAGCACGGACAGAAGAGGCCAGCGUCGGCUGCCGCCGCCGAUCCUCAUCUGCCGCACCCCAACAAGAGGAUGCGAGGAGCAAUCCCCGUCCCGGCACCUGCCACACCGUCGUUCUUGACGCAUGAUGAGGCAGCCAGAGCAAUGUAUGCCCCGCUGGCUUGUACCAACUUCCAUGUUCAGGAUGCACAAGUACCUGCUGUGGCUGUACCAGCGGCAAUCGAAGGUGCUUCAGCAUCAUGCGAGUCCACUACAUCCAACCACUCCGACGUUGCUUCUUCCUCACAUAAUAAGCAGGGACAAGCUCAAGCUCCUGCGAUUUCCUCCCAGUCAGAUGUGCUGGAGUCUGUCAAGCAUUACAGCCAACAACAGAUGAUUGUUCCUGAGGCUGGCUUAAGCAUUGCAAGGAGCACAUCUGAAGAGGAUGUCUUUGAGCAAUUGGAGCCUAUUUCCAACGUGCUUGAUGGGGAGGCAGAUGGUUUUGAUAUCGAAGAACUAAUGAGAAUGAUGGAAGACGACCCAAUUGAAAUUGAGCCGGUCACUGGAGCCAACACUGGCGUGGAGACGGGCCAACAGGAACCUCUGUACCUGGAUACCUUGGACCAAGGCAUGCUGGAUGAAAUGCUGCAGUCCGAUUGCCCUUACCCAAUGUGGAGACCAGAGGAUCAGGCCAUGCACAACCCUGCCUUCCAUGAUGCUGACAAGGAGAAGAGGUACGAUGCCGCGUCGGAUCUUGACGCUCCAUCGCUUCAGGGACAGGACCACUUGUUCAAACCGCGGCUGUGCUUCUCCGAUCCAUUUGAAGCAGCGUUGAUGGCCGAAGAGGUGCUCGAGAAGGAGAAGAGGGACAAUCUUCAUGCUGGACCGCUUGGAGAACACAACAACUUCUUCUCGUCUGCAAGUGUCCAUUAA